CUUCUUCAUAUAAACCUUCACCCACUUCACCAUUUCCCCCAGAUCUCACCAUUUUUUGCAUACAGAUUCAAUCGAUUCCAUCUGGGUAUCAAGAAAUUUGCAGUCUUAAAUCAUGGAAAACAACAAUCAAUCGUCUUUUUGGCAGUUCAGUGAUCAGCUUCGUGUUCAGAGCAACAAUCUGAAUCUAUCCCUCAACGAUUCUAUCUGGAGCACCUCCUACGUCUCCAAACGGCCGGAAAAAGAACGCCGGAACUUCGAUAUUCGUGUUGGUGGCGAUUUCAUCAACUCCGCCACAGUCAACGGCAACAGUUCCGGCGGGUCAAACUCGGAUUUUAAUGGGUUUAACUUCGAUUGGAAGAUCGGAUCGAGUAAUCAGAACCAGGUUGGUGAUUUUGGGAUUAAUGGUGGGUUUAAUAAAGGAAUUUAUUCAAAACCCAGUUUGAACUUUGGUGUAAACAAUGGUAAUUUUGAGAAAAAUGGGUUUAAGAAAGACGGGAAAUUCGGGAUCGGAAAAAAUGGCGAAGAUGAUCAUCAGAUUUUUGGGGGCAAACAUGGGAAGAACAAGAAGAACAGCAACAAUUCGAACAAUAACGAAAAGGAUAACAGUAAGAACAGUGUCGAUAAGCGAUUCAAGACCUUGCCGCCAUCGGAAUCUCUGCCGAGAAACGAGACCGUCGGCGGGUAUAUCUUCGUCUGCAACAACGAUACAAUGCAAGAGAAUCUUAAAAGACAGCUUUUUGGCUUACCGCCACGCUACCGAGACUCCGUUCGACAAAUCACACCGGGUCUGCCCCUUUUUCUUUACAACUACUCCACCCAUCAACUUCAUGGUGUCUUUGAGGCUGCGAGUUUUGGUGGAACCAACAUCGAUCCGUCCGCUUGGGAAGACAAGAAGAACCCCGGGGAAUCACGGUUUCCCGCUCAGGUGCGAGUUAUGACGAGGAAAGUAGCCGAGCCAUUAGAAGAGGACUCUUUCAGGCCGAUUCUUCACCACUACGAUGGCCCUAAGUUUCGCCUUGAACUCAACAUCCCAGAGGCGCUCUCACUUUUGGACAUAUUCGAAGAGAACAAGAACUGAAAUGCGUUGUAGGAGACGAUGAGCGGGAAAAGAGGAAGAAGGUCGAACGGGUGGUUUUCUUUUGGAUGAGCGAUAUGUUUUAUGGAGGUUUUGGGGAAGGCGAGAUGUGUGAAAUCAUAUAUAUAUAUAUAUAUAUACGUAACUAUAAUAUAUAUAUGUUUAUAUCGAGCUUAAGGGUUCUAUGUAGCGUAGAAAGUACCAAGUGUUUGUAAUACGGGAUGUGUAGCCAUGAAGACGGUAACGGCAAUGGUCCCUUCUCAGUCGUGUACGAUACAAACUCGAAACAAAUAAACAAACUACAAUACAAGCUUUAUUUAUGUGUC